GACCUAUUCGUCGACUUAGUUCAGGAACACAUUUCAAAAGAGUACCAAAUUCAAAACCGGAUGGUCCUCGUCAACUUUGGCUUCCCUGUUCACCAGGAGAUCCAGAUGCUGUAGAAUUAACAUUAGAUAAUAUUAAAUCUGAAGAAUUAUGUGAACCACCAGUAACUAUGUCUGAUAUGUUAGCUGCUCUUUCGACACAAAAGCCAACUAUAAAUGAAAAAGAUUUGAUUAAAUUUCGAAAAUUUACAGAAGAAUAUGGUCAAGAAGAUUUUUCUUCAUCUAAACUUGUAUUUAUCUUUUAUCUCUUUGUCAUCAUUGAAACGAUGUCUAGUAAUGCAAAUGAUUAUAUUCAAAAAGGUAUUCAAUACGCCGAACGAGCUACAGCAGAAGAUGGAGCUCAUAAUUAUGAAGCUGCUGGUAAAAAUUACAUGGCAGCAGCAGAAUGCUUAAUGCAUGCUGUAAAAUAUGGAGCAAUGAAUGACCAAUUGAAACAAAACAUUCGUGCGAAAGUGAAUAGUUAUAUAAAACGAGCGGAAGAAAUAAAAGGUUCUCCAAAGAAUGGACCAGAAACGAAAAAAGCAGUUGCUGCUGGUGGAAAUUCAAAAGAUAAUAAAGAUGAUGAUGAUAGUGGUGAUCCAGAACGAAGACGAAUGAUGCAAAAAUUUGAAGGAGCUAUUAUUACUGAUCCACAGGUUACAUUUGCUGAUGUUAUUGGUUUAGAACAAGCUAAAGAAGCAUUAAAAGAAGCUGUUAUUUUACCAGUAAAAUAUCCACAACUUUUUCAAGGUAAACGCAAACCAUGGGCUGGUAUUUUACUUUAUGGAGUAAA